CUACGUACUCCCGGAACAUUCGCAUGUACCACAUCCAUUCUCCAUCUCCUCUCUCUCACUGUGUGAAAAAAGCCCCUAUUUUACCUUCCGAAAAAAAGAAAAGCCCCUAUUUUCAUUAGAACCCCCCCUUCUCUCUCUCCGUAUCUAUCUUCACACACCACAAGCACACACUGAUACUGGGGGUUUCUACUCCCCAAUUCUUGCAUAUUUACGAAAAAUUCAUCAGGUGUCUCGCGUUCGUUCUCCAUCAACUCCUGCCUCUGUAAAAGGUUGAUCUUGGCAUAUUUUUGUUCUUACUGUUAAUUUUCAUUUGUACAUAAUUAUGAUGGAUAAUCCACGGUCGACCUCUGGGACUGGUGAGGAUAAUGUUGGGAUUCCUGAUGAUUUGCGAUGUAAAAGGUCUGAUGGGAAACAGUGGAGAUGCACUGCAAUGUCUAUGCCAGAUAAAACAGUAUGUGAAAAGCACUACAUCCAGGCGAAGAAGAGGGCUGCAAAUUCUGCAAUGAGAGCUAGUUUAAAGAAAGCCAAGAGAAAAUCUCUAGGUGAAAGUGACAUCUACUUGGAGAGUAAGAGUGAUGACAUGGAUUCACCACUUCUUACUAGUAAAGUCGGGGAUUACCCUGUUUCAGUCUCGGGGAAGAAGUACAAGGCUAAGGUACCAAAAAACCAGGUUCGUUAUUCACCUGAAACACCUUCAAUGAGGAAUAUGUCUACGCGCAAUCAUCUGAAGGCAAAUGAUGAUCUACAAAGAGAUGUUGCACAAUAUGAAGAUAAUCGGAGGUCUUACAAGACACCUCCCCCUUCCACUGUGGAGUCAUCCAAGAGCAGAUCACAGAAGGUCUUCAAUUCUGGUCCUAUGUCAGAAUCCUCUGAUGGAAGCUCAGAUUCUUCUGAUAAUACUGGUGGGCAGACCUGCCAUCAGUGCUUGCGGGAUGAUAGAGACAAAGUUAUUUGGUGCCUCAAAUGUGACAGGAGAGGAUAUUGUGAUAGCUGCAUCUCAGCUUGGUAUUCUGACAUCCCAUUGGAAGAGAUCGAGAGGCUUUGUCCUGCAUGUCGUGGUACUUGUAAUUGCAAGGCAUGCUUAAAGGGAGAUAAUCUAAUAAAGGUAAGGAUACGAAAAAUACCUGUCCAAGACAAGUUGCAAUAUCUUCAUUGCCUUUUAUCUUCGGUGCUACCCGUAGUUAAACAGAUACACCGUGAACAGUGCUCUGAAGUGGAACUGGAAAAAAGGCUUCGAGGAAAUGAAAUAGAUCUUGCCAGAAUAAAACUGAAUGCAGAUGAGCAGAUGUGCUGCAAUUUUUGUAGGAUACCUAUUAUUGAUUAUCAUCGGCACUGUGCAAAUUGCUCGUAUGAUCUGUGUCUUAGCUGCUGCCAAGAUCUUAGAGAGGCAUCCACGUUUGGUGUAAAAGGAGAGGUGGAAAAUCUGGUUGUUAGAAGAAGUGACGACAAAGAAACUGUGUCAAAGCAAGCAAAACCAUCCAAUCUCAGACUAAGUUUUGCAGAGAAGUUCUCUGAUUGGAAAGCCAACAGUGAUGGCAGUAUUCUAUGCCCGCCAAAGGAGUAUGACGGCUGUGGUUGCUCAUCAUUAAUACUAAAACGCAUAUUCAAGAUGAAUUGGGUUGCAAAACUGGUUAAAAACGUUGAAGAAAUGGUUAGUGGCUGUAAGGUAUAUGAUGUUGAUGGUCCACAGAAUUCUGGGUUUAACUCCAGGCUUUGCCAAGCUGCACAUAGAGAGAAUGGCAAUGAUAAUUUCUUGUUCUUUCCAUCUUCCGAAGAUAUUAAAAUUGAAGGGAUUGGAGAUUUUAGAAAACACUGGAUCAGGGGUGAACCUGUUAUUGUUAAGGAUGUUUGUGAUAUAUCAUCAAUAUCAAGCUGGGAUCCCAUGGUCAUAUGGAGAGGAAUUCGGGAGACGACAGAAGAGAAAAUGAAAGAUGAUAACAGAACCGUGAAGGCAGUGGAUUGCUUAGACUGGACCGAGGUUGACAUUGAACUUGGCCAGUUCAUUAAAGGAUACUCAGAAGGUCGAAUCCAUGAAAAUGGUUGGCCAGAAAUGUUAAAGUUGAAGGAUUGGCCUUCUCCUAGUGCUUCCGAAGAGUUUUUAUUGUACCAGAGACCUGAAUUUAUCCGUAAACUGCCUUUACUUGAAUACAUUCAUUCCAAGUGGGGUCUUCUAAAUGUUGCCGCAAAACUUCCUCAUUACUCCUUGCAGAAUGAUGCGGGUCCGAAGAUAUUUAUAUCUUAUGGGUCAUAUGAGGAACUUGGUAGAGGUGAUUCGGUGAACAAUCUCCAUUUCAAUAUGCGUGACAUGGUUUACCUAUUGGUGCAUACAUGUGAAGUGAAGCUGAAAGGAUGGCAGAGAACAAAGAUUGAGAAGAUACAAAAAGCUUUUGAGGAAUCUGAGGCAAAAGAAUUGCCAGGAGAUCUGCAACCUAAACUAUCAAUUGGUGAACAGGAUAGACAUAAUGAAUAUGAAGCUAAGUUAGACACGAAUGAUGAGAUAAUGGAGGACCAAGUGACUGAAACUGCUGAUACUGUAGAAGAGAAAACCAUUAAUUGUGAGGACUUGAAUAGCACUAGUGGAGACGCUUUUGAAAAGACCAGUCCAGGAGUCCUUUGGGAUGUUUUCCGCCGACAGGAUGUUCCAAAGCUUAUUGAUUAUCUGAGAGUCAAUUGGAAGGAAUUUGGGAAGCUUAACAGUGUUAUGAAUGAUUCUGUGACACAUCCUCUUUAUGAUGCAUUGAUGUACCUGAACAAGCAUCACAAAAGAAAAUUGAAGGAUGAAUUUGGAGUGGUGCCAUGGUCAUUUGAACAGCAUCUAGGGCAAGCUGUAUUCAUCCCAGCUGGAUGUCCUUUUCAAGUGAGGAAUCUUCAGUCCACGGUUCAAUUGGGCCUUGAUUUUUUAUCUCCUGAAAGCCUGGGGUCAGCUGUGAAAUUGGCUGAAGAAAUCCGUGGUCUUCCAAAUGACCAUGACGCGAAGCUUCAAAUGUUGGAGGUCAGGCGUGGGAAAUUUUGCUUAGAAGUAGGAAAAAUCUCACUUUAUGCAGCAAGUUCAGCCAUUAAAGAAGUUCAGAAGUUGGUGCUGGAUCCAAAACUUGGUGUAGAGCUUGGAUUUGAGGAUCCCAAUUUAACUGCAAUGGUUUCUGAGAACAUGGAGAAGAUGAUUAAGCAAAGACAGAUUACUUGUGUUUGAACUAGUGUACAUCGCUUAAAAUAUGAAUAUAGAAAAUGAAAUCUAGAAUCGUGGAGGCGAUGCCUGAUAAAAUUUAUUAUGUAAAUAUAUUUAGGUAAUUUUUGUGCUUAUAUUCAAGCUGUGUCAAGGCUACGGCUCCUUAGGGAAAAAAAAAAUUGUAGGCUUACUACACAUUGUAUCAUUGUGCUGGUAUGUUACAAUUUUUUUAAAGCUUUUAA